AUGUCGACGAAUGACGAGGCAUGUCAAACGACUCGUCGGCUAUUAAAAAACUUUGACACGCCACCUUCUGGUGAUGGGAAUACACAAGACAACAAUAAAAUACUUUUAGCAUCGAUAUGUGAAUAUUUAAUUGAUCAAGAUAUCCCGUGUGACUUAUUUGAUCAACUUAUUCGAGCGAAAGCCCUCUUUGAUUUUGACAUCCCACAAACGUUGCACAACAAACGGAAUUUACUCCAUGUGAUGGACUUUAUGGAAUCGAUCACCCCACCGUAUUGUGACUUGUCUAUGUUCCCUUCAGCUAUUUCAUUAGUCAUUCAAAUGUACUACACAGACCCUAAAGCUAAAGUGAUUGAAUCUGUACCUUCUUUAAUCGGCAUUUUGGGGAUGAUCUGCUCUUUUCACUUAUUCGUUACGUCACACGUCGACUCAAAUUUCCUUUUCAAACAACUGAACAUCCUCCUUCCAUCCGCAUCAGAACUCCCUUUUGUCACACCUUCAAGAAAAACUUGUUUAAAUGCGACAAACAGUCUUCUGAAGGCAUCACCAAAAGAUGAAUACAUGGAUGUCCCAAAGUACUUACAAAAUAUCCAAGAAGUGCAGUAUCUGUUGUCUAGAUACCCCCUCGAUAGGACUGUUGACCACAUCAAAAUGCUUCUUCAGAAUUACAGAAACACAAUGGGAAGUUCACUUGUCUUCGACACUUACACUAGUUACUUGAACGGACAAAUAUUGGGAAAGCAAUUUGAGUGGCCUUCGAGUGAUUUCACUACUAUUCGAGAAAUGCAAAUAGCUCUCCAACUCGACUGCCAGACAUUCAAAAAUAUUGUUCUUGGCGAAGACCCAAAAGUGAAGGAAUUUUUGAAAUCACGUGGGUUAGUAACUGCAACAGAAAAUCAUUUUCUUGUUACACAAGAGAAGCUGCAAGAAAAGACUGAUACAAAGGUACGGUGUGAAAAAGAGGAGAAGAAAGAGAAAAAGCUGAAAACGCCACAACCUUCUUCAAAAGGCGAAGAUGACGAAAACAAACAGAAAAAGAAGAAGCGACGAUUCUCAGAAGAAGAAACACAAAAUUUGAUCGCUGGGGUCGAGCAGUUUGGUGUUGGACAUUGGAAAAGUAUUUUGAGCGCCUAUGAGUUCGACGGGAGGAGUUGUGUCGAUUUGAAAGACAAGUGGAGGAAUAUAGAGAAUUCAAAGAACAGAAAUAAACCACAAAAGUCGGCGACAACGCCGACAAACACAAAGGAGAAUUCAACAAAAGGAACAUCCUUUUUGCCAAUUUUUAAUUAUUAA